AUGGAAGACGACGGAAGCAUGUCAGUUCGUUUAACGAACGAUGACUUUAGAAAAUUGUUGAUGACACCACGAUCAUCAGCACCAUCAGCAACUCCAGCAUCAGUACCUGGUACAGUAAGAGACGCGAGUGCUAAAACAGCUCAAACUCCGUCAGUUAGCGGAGGCAGUCGUGCUGAAUUGCGUAGAAAGAAAAAAAGUUACUAUGCAAAACUAAAAAAACAAGAAGAGGAUAAAAUGGCUGAGUUGGCUGAGAAAUAUCGAGACCGUGCUCGCGAAAGACGAGAUGGUACAAUUGGAGAGCUUCCGCCUGAGGAUCCAAUAAGCAAUGCCAGUGCAUACCGAGCAGUUGCUCCGGAUGUAAAAUCUGGUAUGGAUGCUGCUGAAAGAAGAAGAAUCGCGAUCCAGCAGUCGAAAUUUUUGGGUGGUGACAUGGAGCACACUCACUUGGUCAAAGGUUUGGACUAUGCUUUACUACAAAAGGUACGUAGUGAAAUAGAGUCUAAGGAAAUAGAACAAGAGCAAGAAAUGGAAAAAUUAAUAAAGCCGAAAGAAAAAGUUAAAGAAAAAAAAGAAGUUGAAAAAAAACCCGAAGAAACGCUCUUCAAAACAAAAGUCGGCCGUAAUAUUCAUAAAAUAAUUACAACAAUGAAAUCUAAAACAGUUGAAAGGAAUGAAUUGUUUACACCAGGACGUAUGGCUUAUGUUAUUGAAUUGGAGGACGAAAAUGCGGAAGUCGAUAUUCCUACAACACUAAUAAGAAGUAAAGCUGAUGUUCCAACAAUUGACGCGACUCCGACAUUAACAACAAAUGACAUUGUUAUCAAUAAAUUAGCGCAAAUUCUCUCUUAUUUACGUCAAGGUAACAGACACGGAAAGAAAGGAAAGAAAAAUAAAGACGGGCGUGGAAAAGGUGAAGAAAUUGGGGAAAUUGAAAUUCCCAAUCGUCCGCCACAAGACGACAGUAUUUACGGCGACAUUGGCGAGUAUGUACCCAGUCGAUCUAAUAAGGAAAGCUCAUCAGCGAGUAAAGAAAAGAAAAAGAGUUCGUAUUUCAACAAACCACCUGAUUCGAUUGAAAUGCUCGAUGAUAAAGUUAAUGCCCCACAACUACCGAAUAUACUGACACGAGUUGCUGAAGUAAGUGCAUCAGCUACUAAAAAAGGUAGUCUUCAUAGUAUUCAUAACAAAAUUGCUCCUGAACCGGAAGGAUAUGCCGAGUGUUAUCCUGGAUUAGAUGAGAUGCAAGACGCUAUUGAUGAUUCAGACGAUGAAGUUGAUUACACCAAAAUGGACUUGGGCAAUAAGAAAGGCCCGAUCGGAAGGUGGGACUUUGAUACUCCUGAAGAGUACAGCGACUACAUGAACAACAAAGAAGCACUGCCUAAAGCUGCAUUUCAGUAUGGUGUCAAAAUGGCUGAUGGUCGUAGGACUCGUAAAUAUAAUAAGGAAAAGAAUGAAAAGGCUGAGUUGGAUCGCGAGUGGCAGAAAAUUCAAAAUAUUAUGAACAAACGAAAGCCAGCAGGCGGUAGUAGUGGUGAUGGUGCACCAGAAUUUAAAGUACCAAGAUAUUAG